AUGAAUGAGUACUAAUGCAGAGAAUUGAUCCCUGAUUGAGUGUGCUAGAGAGUAUAAGUACAGUCGUAAGGAAUACAGUAGAAGUCAUUAUUGAUGAAUACAGUUUACUGCAGGUCCGCCGGCCAUAGUGCGCAGGCGCACACAGCGUCCGGUAGCUGCAGUGUUUGUGUCAGCUGGCAGCGAUAUCAACAAAUAUUAACGAACGUAUAUAACAUGGAAGGGCGGGAAACAUGGUCGGCUUUAAACUCUGUCCUCCCUAUAAAUCACUGACUGUUAUAUGAAGUAUAUACAGAGAGCUACUCUACCGGAUGUCACGUCAUAUAUCUGUUCCGGCGGAGCGUCUUCAGUGUGACACCGAAAUGAAGAGUGAGGUCAGAAUCACACAGAGCCGCGAAAACUGCGUUUAUACCAGCUGUUACUGUGAAGAAAAUGUUUGGAAACUCUGUGAGUUUGUCAGAACGGAGCAAACUGCAUCGCUGGACGAACUGUUUGUAGUUUUCAUCUCUAAUGAGAACAGAAUGGUUCCUCUGUGGAAGCAGAAGUCCGGACGUAGAGACCAGCCAGUAAUUUGGGACUACCACGUGGUUCUGCUGCAGGUCGGUCUACAGUCGGACUCUCUGGUCUAUGAUCUGGACUCUGAGCUGCCGUUCCCCUGCAGCCUGCAGCUGUACGCUGACCAGGCCCUCCGCUCAGACCGCAACAUCAGACCUGCCUACCACAGGAAGUUGCGUGUGGUCCCUGCUGACAGCUUCCUGUUAAACUUUGCGUCUGAUCGCUCUCACAUGAGGAACCCUGAUGGAACCUGGAAGACGCCCCCCCCACUCUACCCCCCUAUACACACCGCAGAGUGUCAGAUGAACCUGAAUGACUUCAUCAGUAUGGACCCUACCGUGGGCUGGGGGGCGGUCUUCAGUCUGGACCACUUCCUGCAGAGAUACCUGGGAAACUCUUCAGUGUCGGCAGCAGCAGCAUCAGCAGCAGCGUCGCCAUAGCGUUAGCAGCAGUGUCAGCAACGUCGCAGCAGCGUCGCCGUAGCGUUGGAUCAGAGCGCCUCCUGGUGCUCAGUCUGUGGUCCACUGUAGAGUCGAUGUUGCCGUGACAACCAGUGUUAUUUGUGUUGUUUAUCUUAAAACAGUGUAGAUAUAAAACUAUAAUCCAACACAAAUACAAUAAAAUAUUUAUGAUUUCUACUGUUGAA